CAAGUGCCUCCUCCGCUCACCCAGAGAAAAUCCAUCAAGAAGCCAAACCAGAGACCAGAGUAGCCACGUCUACUUCUACCUCUCUAAGAUCUCCACUAGCAAACAAGUGAAGCAAUCAUGCUGCACCAGCACCAUUACCAUGGAGGACUGGCCAGCCUUCACUGCCUCUCAGCUCCAGACCCAGCAUUCCACGCUCACUACCACAGCAACAUGAUCACCAUGGCGCUCCCUCCCUCCCACUUCUCACCUGCUACCUAUGAACCUAUCCACGAAGCACUGGAUGUCGUCGGAAACAGCUCAGCCGGCUCUAUCAAUGCCGAUGACGCCUACGGCAGCCGGACUGCGAUGGCAGAGGACGAGCGGAGGCGGCGGAGGAUGGUCUCCAACCGGGAGUCCGCCAGGAGGUCACGCAUGCGCAAGCAGGGGCAGCUCACCGAGCUGUGGGCGCAGGUCGUCCACCUCCGUGGCACCAAGCGCCUCCUCCUCGACGAACUCAACCAUGCAAUGAGGGGCUGCAGCGACGUGCACUGCGAGAACGCCCGGCUCGAGAAAGAGAAGGCCGAGCUCAAUACCAAGCUUGAAUGCCUCAUGCAAGCACAGAGGGGAAACACCUCACCAAACUCCUCAGAGCCACGUGAGGAUAGGACUGAAUAAAUCGUUCCUAUCUUCACAUUUUAGCUACGAUGAUUGUUAUUAGUAUACCAAAUAAAAUAUGUUUGAGGUGGUUUCUUCAGCUUCUUUUUUCUCUCUUAUGGGAGAAUAUUCUAACUACCUAUUGUUGGCAUCUUUUUUGUCAAGGUCGCUAAGAUAAAUAUGGAUCGGGUGUGCUAACAAGUUGCCAUCCAAAGUACAGUAGUAAGUUAGUAACAGCGCACAUAGAUGAGAAAAAAAAAAGAAACGCUGAAAACCAAUAUGGGAUAAGAAGCCUUACGGUUGGUUUCUUCUUAACAAAUAGAGCUUUCCAUUGAGAAUGAUGUGGUGA